AUGGCCAUCACUGAUAAAAUCCAUCCUAUCUACAGUCUCUGGUUUCUCUGGGUAGACCCUGCCCUGACCUUGAUAGGAAUGUGGGUAAACUUCCUUGACCACAAGCUCGCUAUGCAAGCAUUCUUCGUCGAUUACCCACUUGACACACACUUUUCGCCUUAUCUGUACCAGAUCGGCGGCAUGGGCACGUCGUAUCUGAUCCUCAUGUGCACAUUGUUGCGGUAUACCCACGAUGUCAAUAUCUGGAAGAUGUUUGAGGGUUGCCUUUUGCCAGCUGAUUUCACCAUGCUCACGGCCAUUUACCUCGGUAUGAAGAUGGAAGGAAACCUUGCGCUUUCAAGUUGGAGAUGGGAAGAUUGGUUCAGUGUUGUGGUUACGGGUAUUUGCACAGUUCUGCGCCUUGGCUUCAUCCUUGGCGUCGGGAUUAAGGAAACUAGGGGCAGAGCCAAGAAGGCUUAG